AUGGCGCAACCAAAACGCCUUGACCAGGAAGAAGAGGUCGUUCCGGCGAUCCGUCACGAUGACGCCGAAUGGAAGAUCAUCCAACAGAAUACAUUCACCAGAUGGGUCAAAAAUCAUUUGCAAAAGGCUGGAGAAACUAUUGAGAGUCUGGAAACUGAUUUCUCGGAUGGUCUCAAGCUUAUUGCAUUGGCUCAAGUUCUCUCCCACAAGAAUGUUGGAAAAUUCAACAAGAAAGUGGCAUUUCGUUCACAGAAGCUCGAAAAUGUGUCUCUUGCGUUGAAUUUCUUCCAGAAUGAAGAGAAUAUUAAGAUUAUCAAUAUUGACAGUACUCAUAUUGUGGAUCAUAACAAGAAAUUGAUUCUGGGACUCGUUUGGACAUUGAUUCUCCAUUAUUCAAUUUCGAUGGGAUGGAUUCAAGAAAAAAGAGAAGAUGGAGAUAAUAAGGAGGAGACUCCGAAGCAAAAGCUCCUCAAUUGGAUUCGUAAUCGUCUUCCAGUUUCAGGAAUGCCGAUUUCCAACUUCACUUCCGACUGGAACGACGGAGUUGCUCUCGGUGCACUUGUCAAUUCGAUGGCUCCAGGAGCACUUGAAGACUGGGAAAAUUGGUCGCCAAAUGAUGCUCUGGAGAACACUGAGAAAGCCAUGAAGUCUGCUCAAGAUUUGCUUAAAGUUGCUCCACUCAUUGCUCCAGCUGAGAUGAUUCAUCCGGAAAUUGAUGAAAUGUCUGUAAUGACAUAUCUUUCACAGUUCCCUGCAACAAAACCAAUAAUAAUGAAGCCAAAGGUUCAAGCGACUAUUUCAAAUUUGGACAAAAUUCUCCAAGUCAAUGAUCCUAGAGAGUUUGAUUUGAAGCUUUCUCGUGAUGGAUUUAAGCCGAAAGUCUCGAUCCGAGAUGAAGAUGGACAGGAUAUUCAUUUGAGUCUUAAAAAGGUUGAGGAUAAAGAAAACGCCUACAAAGUCAAGUUCACUCCUACAAAGAUUGGAUUUAUCCACGUGGAUGUAGCCGCGAACGAUGUUCACACGUUUGAGACUCAGACCAUUCCUGAGGCUAGCGUCAUUUGUCAGGUUGUUCCAAUCGCCCGCCUUCUCGAUUAUAACAAAACCGCCAAAGUCGGAGAUGACGUCAAAUUCGCCGUGGUCGACGCCAUUGAAGGUCCUGUUGAAGCAAUUGUUGUUGAUCCAACUGGAAAAGAGCACCGAAUGGUUAUCUUGGAUGGUACAUCACCAGGAGAACAUUCAUUCGAAUACAAAAUUCCGUGUAUUGGACUACAUUCAGUCAAUGUUUUCCACAAGAAGCUCCCAUUGACCGGAUCGCCAUUCCCACUGCGUGGAAAACCAAAGAAUUCGUUCAAAGUGUGGGGACGUGGAAUUGCUCCAGAAGGAAUUCGCAAAAAUGAUGUCGUUGGUGUCCACGUUGAAUCGUUGGAUCCGGAAGAAAAUAUCGCCAACGCAAACAUUUCUUUGGAAGUGUUGAAACCGUCGGAUGGUUCUCAUCUACCAGUUUCAGUUGGCUACAAUGACGAAUCUCAGUCAAUGGAUUUCGAAUAUUCGCCAAAGCAAGCACCUGAUGAUCUAGAAGUACUCGUUAAGGUUGCUGGUGAAGUCAUCGAAUCUCAUAAGAUCCAUGUGGCACCGGAAAGCUCUUCGAAGAUCAGAGCAUUCGGAGCAGGACUUGAAGGCGGAAUUGUAAAUGAGCCAUGCGUGUUUGAUGUGGAAAUGAAUGGAGAAUCAAAAGAUCUAUCAUUUGCUGUUGAAGGACCAUCGAAAGCGGAAAUCGGAUGUCAAGAGAGACCAGAUGGUAGUGCUAUUCUAUCCUAUACACCAACUGUGGCUGGAGUUUACAAAGUUGGGGUGCUAGCCGACGGAAAGCAUAUUCAGGAUUCGCCGUUUGUUCUGCGUGUCACUGAACCAAUCGAAGGCCUAAAACCAUCAGCAACUCGAGUCACUGGUAUUGAUGAAUCGAAGGUGUACAACGUUGGUGAGAAGAUUCCAUUCCGUGUUGAUACUCGUCUUUGUGGAGUUGAUUUGGUGCCGAAAGUGGAGAUUUUGGAUCCAGAACUCAAUCCAAUCAGUUAUGGAGCUCGUGAGAUUACUCCAGGAUUGUUUGAGUAUACAUUGAUUCCCGACGCGCCAAUUAAGCACAAGAUUGAUGUCAGUGUUGCUGGAGUUUCAGUUCCAGGAGCUCCGUUCUCUGUCAAAGUGAAAGAACCAACUGAUGCUUCAAAACUGAAGAUUUUCGGACCUGGAGUCGAUGGACCUGUGUAUUCCAAAGAACCAACAAGAUUCACAAUUGAUGCCACACAAGCCGGACCAGGAGCUGUAGAAGUUGCAUUGAGAGACGAUCAAGGAGAAAAUGUCGAUUUGGAUGUUUUGGAUAAUCAAGAUGGAUCGUUCACUGUCAAGUAUACUGCUCAGAGACCAGGAGCGUAUCAGCUGAAUGUGGUUUUCGCUGGUGAAGAAAUUUCGCCAAUUGAGAUCAACGUAAAACCGAACGUGGAUGUUUCUGGAAUUCGGGUCGAGGGACUCGAGAAUGAGAAUUUGCUCAUCGGAUCUCACCUCCGCCCGACUAUCAACAUUGGUAAACUGGAGCCAAAAUCAAAAGGACUUCAGCUGAUUGAUGAAGUGAACGGAAAACGAUACAAUGUUCCAAUGAAAAUAAAUCCAGAUGGAACAUAUUCGACUGAUACUCCAUUGAUGGAAGUUGGAGAGCAUAAGCUUCAGCUUUUGUUCGACGAAAUUCCAGUUAAAGAGGCUGUUGUAGAGGUUAUCAAAGGAACAGAUGUUAAUAAGUGUAAAGCUUAUGGACCUGGAUUGGAGCAAGCUGUUGUUGGUGAAAAGGCUGUAUUCGAGCUGGAUUUGGAUGGAGCCGGAGAAGGAGCUCUGAGCAUGGAAAUGCGUGGACCAGCUAAAGCCGAAUCGAGAAUUCAGGAUCGUGGAAACGGAAAGUGCAGCGUCGAAUAUGUGGCUAAAGCUCCAGGAGACUAUGAGAUGGCAAUCAAAUUCGGCAAAGAUGAGCAGAAAGAGCAUGUGAAAGGAAGUCCAUUCAAGGCUGUCGUUGACUACAAAAAGGAUCCUUCACAGAUCACCAUCUCCGGAUUGGAUCAACCGAAUUAUCGUCUCAAUCAGCCAAUCAAUUUCGUGAUUGACACAUCGAAGACUAAAGACCUUCCAGUUAAAGCUACCGUUCCAAGUGAUUUCGCCCAGCUUCAACCAGUCGUCUCUAGAUCUCCGUCAAACCCACGUCAUCAUAAUGUGAGAUUCGUGCCAAGUGGAAAACCGAAUGUCUCGAUUCCAAUCGAAAUCAUCUAUGAUGGAUUGAAAAUUGACGAAAAAUUGGUUAAAGUGUUGCCAGAGGUCGAGCCGCAACUUAUCAAGAUUCUUCACGACAAGAAGAAGGAUUCGUUGACAACCACUCCCAUCACAACCAAUGCAUCACAUGAAGGGCAUGUUCCAUUUGACGUCCGCGAUUGUGGAAAUGUCAAGAAAAUCGAGUCACGAGUCUUUGGACCUGAUGGAAAAGAACGUCUGAAUCAUGUUAGAAGCACUGAACAAAAUGGUAUCUAUGAUGUCUCAUUUCCAACUGAUAUGGCUGGUGAAUACUGUGUUGUGUUCUACAUAAAUGGACAAGAAGUCGCCGCAAGAGUUCCAGUGAUGGCUGAGAAAAUCGGUCGAAAAGAGGAUGUGAUCAAGGAGGAAAUCGUUUUCCAUCCAGAAAUUGCUGAACAUUCUCCAACUGUACUCACUUAUAAUCAUCCAAUUGACGCCAAGAAAAAGAAGGCUCAUCCAGCGAUUCAAGUGCUUGCCGCGAAACCAGAUGCUGUUCGUUUGGAGCAUAUCCAGGAACUAGUCGAUAAUGGACAUCGAGUUGCUGAUCGCAUUGUGUUCACAGCUACCAAGUUGGGAACCAAUACACUGGAUGUGUUUUAUGGAGGAGAACAUGUCGAUCAUGUUGAGUAUGAGGCCAUCGGAAAGCUCGAAUACGAGCGAAUUCAAGCGGAACGCGCCAAAGUCGUUGUCGAGAAGGAAGACGACGUCGACAAAUACGAGAAACAGUACAAGGACGAACCCUCCUCAGCUCCAGCAGAUCCACGAGUUGCACCGACCAACGGAAAAGAGCCAACAACUGCUCAGGAAUCGAAGAAAAACGGGAAUCAACAAAAACUUGCUCCCUCUGCGGAAAUCGAGCACAAGCCGUUGGAAAAGUACUUCACUUUCCAGUUCAACGUUCGUGAUUUGGGAUAUCAACCAAAGGAUCUUGAAGCUAUCGUAAUGCCACCAACUCAGAAGAAAGAAGUCGCCGAGAUUAUCGACAAUCUUGAUGGAACCAUCUUGGUCAAGUAUACACCAAAAGUUCACGGAUCUCAUGAGCUCUCAAUUCUCCAAAAUGGUGCUCAACUUCAAGGAACUCCAAUAAAGUUCUACGUGGAUGCUUAUGGAGAUGGAUGGGCAACUGUUUAUGGACCAGGGCUUCAGAACGCUGUUGUCGGAGAACCAGCAACAUUCACCGUCUGUGCCAAGGGAUCCCAGGCUAAAGAGCUCUCCGUUAGCAUUGAAGGACCGGCCAAAUCGCAAAUCAAGAUCCAUGACAACAAGGACGGAACAUGCUCGGCUGCGUGGGUUCCACCGGUUCCAGGAGAGUACAAAGUUCAUGUGAAGUUGGGUGGAAAGGCAGUUAAGGAUUCUCCGUUCCGAGUGCUUGUUAUGGGAGAGGGACAGAAACGCUCCCAUCUCUCCGUCGGAUCGACAUCAGAAGUGGCUCUUCCAAUUACUCAACAAGAGCUCAAAGGAAUUUCAGCUUCCAUCAAGUCACCCGGAGGUAUCGAAGAACCUUGUUUUGUCCGUCUUUUGGAUGGUGGACGACUCGGAGUUUCGUUCACACCACGUGAAGCUGGAGAGCAUUUGAUCACUGUCAAAAGAGAUGGAAAGCUUGUUCCAAAGGCUCCUUUCAAGAUCAAAGUUGAUAAAACUCAAGUUGGAGAUGCUUCCAAGGUCGAGGUAUCUGGUUCAGGAAAGGCCAAGGGUAUCACUCUUCAAGCCAAUGAGCUUCUCGUCGAUACAUCGAAAGCCGGAUACGGAGGACUGUCAGUUUCUGUCCAAGGACCAUCGAAGGCUGAGCUCACUUGCAAGGAAGUGAAGUCAGGACUCAUAAAGGUGUUGUACACUCCAACAGAACCAGGAGUCUACGCGAUUGCCAUCAAAUUCGCUGAUCAUCACGUGAAAGACUCACCAUUGACUGUUCAAUGCACCGGAAAGUCUGCAGGUCGAGUAAUUCAAACCAUCCAAAAAGAUGUUGAACAACACGGAAUAUGCUUGCCAGAUCAAGAAUCUCACUUGUUCUUGAAGUUGUUGAAUACAUCACCAAUGGAUAUCACCGCUCGUCUCAUGGAUCCAAAGGGACACACUGAUGACAUUGAAAUGAGAGAUUUGGGACAACAAUACUAUCAAUUGAAGUUCACUCCAAAAAUGGAAGGAAUUCAUACUCUUUCUGUCAUGUACAAGGAUGCUCAUGUUAAUGGAUCACCAUUCCAAUUCACUGUUGGUUCAUUCUCUGAAGGAGGAGCUCAUAAGGUACGUGCCGCUGGUCAAGGAGUCGUCCGUGGUGAGACUGGAACUUUCAACGCCUUCAACAUUUAUCACCGUGAAGCUGGAGUCGGUGCGGUCGCUGUUACAAUCGAGGGUCCAUCGAAGGCGACACUGGAGUUUAAGGAUCACAAUGAUGGAAAUUGUCACGUGGAUUACAAGGUGGCUACACCGGGAGAGUACGUGGUGGCUGUGAAGUUCAACGAUCAGCACAUUCCGGAUUCACCAUUCAAAGUGUACAUCGCACCGGCCACUGGAGAAGUCAGAAAACUCGAAUUGGCUCAAUUCCACGGACAGGGAAUUCCUGCUGGAAAGGCUUUCACGUUCACUGUCCUCACUCACCGAGCCAAGGGACAUUUGGAGGCAAAAGUUGUGACACCGAAUAACGAGGUUGACACAAUUGACAUUGUUCCGAUUGAAGAUGGAGAGAGCUAUGCGAUGAGAUUUGUUCCAAAGGAAACUGGAAAUCAUUUCAUUCAUGUCACUCUUGAUGGUGCACCGAUGAGAGAAUCUCCAUUUAGACUUCGCGUCGGUGGAAAAGAUCUUUGUGAUCCGACUGCAAUCUCUGCAUCUGGUGAUGGAUUGGUGAAAGGUACAACUGGACAAAAGUGUGAAUUUGUUAUCAACACAGCCAAUGCUGGAGCCGGAAUUCUCACUGUUCAGAUGGAUGGACCAUCAAAGGCAACAUUGGAUGCUUAUGAACUGGAGAAAGGCUACAAAGUGAGAUAUACUCCAUUGGCUCCAGGAUCUUACUUUGCUUCUGUCAAGUACAAUGGAAUCCAUGCUCCGGGAUCUCCGUUCAAGAUUCCUGUUGAAGGAAAAGAAUUGGGAGGAAAUGGGUACAAUGAGACUUCCCAUGUUAAGAUUGACGCAGUUGCAAAGACCUCAAAGGGUACUGUAGCUGUCGUUCCAGAAUAUCAAGGAGAUGCCGCUAAGGUCACCGCAAAAGGAGCCGGUUUGAACAAGUUCUUCCCAGGACGUCCAGCUGCUUUCCAAAUCGACACUGGACUCGCUGGAACCAAUCUGUUGAUGGUGGGAGUUGUUACAACAAAAGGACCAUGUGAGGAAGUUGUCGUACGUCAUCAAGGAUCCGGACAUUAUGUGUGCUCAUACCGUAUUCCGGAUAGAGUCAAAGGAUUCGUUUUCAUCAAAUAUGGAGAUAAGGAAAUCCCCGGUUCUCCAUUUGCCAUUGAGCCAUAAGCGGCCUCCCUUCUACUGCUCAUAAUCUACACCGAAAGUGCUUUAUAAUUCAUUCAACGGUUUUUGUUUUUCUCUCGCUGCCCCCUAUCUGAUUUUGUUUUUGAAAUGUAAAUUUUCGUAAUUUGUUUUCCUAGUAGAUUUUGUAAUUUUUCCUUUUCAAAAGUGUGUUCUUCUCCCCCAUAUAACCGUUGCCAUAUUGCACAAAGUUUUUACCCCCUGAAUCUGAAAAACUUAAAAUAGUUUUAAUCAAUUUUUAAUUGUAAUUUCCCCGUUUGUUUGCCCCCAACCCGUUCAUCAACUGUUCUUUUAUUUCUCUGAAGAAAAUAUGAAAAAUAUCAAAAUCUGAACAAU